CUCGAUUACACUACCUAAAAUAAUUAAAAUCGCGCCAUUAUUAGUUAUCACUGCAAACAUUAAAAAAAAUCUACACCUUAAACUUUCCACUAUGUCGAUGUCCAUGUCUAUUAUCCACAACCUUAAACCCACCACCACCACCACCUUACUCUCCCCCUCCAUUUCUUCACCAUUCCCAUUACCAUCAUCAUCAUCAUCAUCAUCUUUUAAACCACCCAUCUUUUGCUCCAAUCCUUCAAAUCUCUCUCGAAGACUCUUCCUUCCUUCUGUUUCCGGUAUCUGGGACGCCAUCACCGGCGGCAGCGGCAAUAACAACACCAAUGAAGCCCUUCUCGCAAUUCGACGCGGAAUGUCUCUCUUCAGACAGGGUGAAGUUUUGGGGUCUGUUGUGGAGUUUGACAAAGCAAUUCAAUUGGAUCCUCGUCAAAAGGCGUAUCUUUGGCAAAGAGGUCUCUCACUUUACUACUUGGAUAGAUUUGAAGAAGGAGCUGAGCAGUUUCGGUUAGACGUUGCUCAAAAUCCAAAUGAUACAGAAGAGUCCAUAUGGUGUUUUCUUUGUGAAGCUCAACUAUAUGGUGUGGAUGAAGCAAGGAAGCGAUAUCUUGAGGUUGGCAGAGAUCCAAGGCCAGUCAUGAGGGAAACAUAUAACAUGUUUAAGGAUGGCGGGGAUCCUGAAAAGCUUGUAGGUGCAUUCUCCAAUAGCAGAGAAAGCGAUUAUUUUUAUGCUUCACUGUAUGCUGGGCUUUAUUACGAAUCUCAGAAUGAAAGCGAUGCUGCAAAAGUUCAUAUAGUUGCUGCUUGCAAAUCUCUUUAUGGGCAAAGGUCUGAUGAUUAUAUGGCUUCUCUUUCCAAGGUUCACUGUCUUUGCCGAAAUUGGAACUUCAGCUGAAAUCUUUUGUAGCAAGAUGAAGAUCAUUCAUAAGUUGUUCUGUACAUUACAGGCUAAAGAGAUGGUUAAUAGAAUUUAUCAUAUUCCUUCAUCAUUCUACUUGAUGUUGUGGUACUAAAUGAAUAUUAGUUGACUGUGCUGGAUAUAUUUCUUUUAGCAUGUACUUCAAUAGGAUUAUGAAUAGUUGAUUUUGCUUCAACUAGUCUUCCAGAUAAUGUUUAUCAAUUUACAUCAAUAUUCAAUUUUGACUCAAUGUAGGAAA